UGUUGGCCCUGUGAUGAGGGGCGACUUGUCCAGGGUGUACCCCGCCUUCCGCCCGAAUGCAGCUGACAAGCGGUAGAAAAUGGGGACAAGGCGUUUUGAGCUCCUGUGCAGCAUCUACGAAUUGCCUUGCAAUGCGGUUUCCACCCUCUUUGAACCGAGGACCAUCCUUCCACACAGCAGCAGCAGCACUUUCAUCAACACCGUCACCAAUCACGAUCACAGAACAGCCGGACACACUUUUCCAGAAGGUGACCGUGUUGGUUAAAGGUCACGAUCGGGCUGUCUUGGAUAGCUAUGAGUACUUUGCCACCAUGGCGGCAAAAGAGCUGGGCAUCACCGUCAGCAACCUCUUUGAACCCCCCAAGUACAUAGAGAGACUUACACUACUGAAGUCUGUUCACAUCUACAAAAAGCACAGGGUUCAGUAUGAGAUGAGGACACACUACAGGUCCAUUGAGCUGUCUCAUCUAACAGGCUCCACAGCACAGGUGUAUCUGGAAUACAUCCAAAGAAACAUUCCAGAAAGCGUAGCCAUGCAGGUGACAAAAACUGCAAUGGAGAAAGUUCCAGACCAUAUCACAGAGCCCAUGUGGAACGAUGAGCCCGCUGAGGAAGCCCAGCAGAAGCCCAGUCAAUAGCAUGCCUACUUGUCACUUAUUGUGUCAGUGUGUGAUUUUAAUAAUAAUAAAUGCAAAUAUUGACA